AUGCAUAUUUUUCUUCCUCCGGUUUCGCUGCAGCCCAGUGGCGGCCUCCUCGAUCUUUCUGCCCGACAGGAUGAUUCGGGAGUUCAUGUAAUUACACAAACUAUUCGACGUCCCACCACCACGUUCGUUACAUACGUUACACUAGGCCCUGGGGAACCCACUCCGAUUCCCGGCAAUGACACUCCGGAACCACCACCGGCGGUGACACCAGCGGUCGCUGCCCCGCCUCCAAGUAGGGGUAGCGGCUCAUUAUCAAGCGUUCAGAUUGGCGCAAUUCUGGGCGGAGUCGUUGCCUUUGUAGCCAUCGGCCUCAUCGCCUGGUACUGCAUGAUGGUGAACAAUGAGAGACGACGGUACUAUUACGACAUGUACGACUAUGACGAUUCGACAACAACAAGUCAAUACACGGCAUCCCCUAUCAAAUCACCACCGAGACCCUUCUUUAGACCUCCCGUUAGACCCCCUAGCCGUCGGUCUUCGGCGAGGUACUCCCAACCACCACCACCACCGCCUCAACCAGCCCCGCCAGGCUAUAAAAUCAACCAACACCCUCCAUGGAACCUAAAAUUCAACGGACCAACUCGGACGCAACGGCCUCAUAGUAAUCCAAAAUUGCGGACUGCGCAACCUCUUAAGCGUCCGUCAAUGAAUGGUCCUCGUCGAGUUGAGAGGCCGCAGCAAUAUGGAUGGAACGAGUCCCGAUGGACCUGGAAUGGGUGA